AUGACUACAGUAGUGGUACAUGUGGACUCCAAAGCUGAGCUCACUGCCCUGCUGGAGCAGUGGGAAGAGGACCAGGGCAGUGGGCAGGAUAUGGGGCCUAUCCUUACCAGAAUGUCAGAAUUAAGUGAAAAAGAAACUGAAGAAUAUCGUAAAAGAGAUCCAGACCCAUUUGAUGAUCAAUAUCCUGGUUGAGCUGAUCCAGAGUGUAUGCUGGGCCGCUUGCUGAGACAACUCUCCAAGAAUGAUGAUUUCAUGAAUGCGCUGAUGAACGGGUAUGUGAUGACAACUAGAGAGGCCCCUUUAAAUACUGCAGCAUGCAGACUGUCACUAGAUAUCAUGCCAGGUCUAGAAACUGCAGUGGUCUUUCAAGAAAAGGAAGGAAUUGUUGAAAAUCUUUUUAAAUGGGCCCAAGAGGCUGAUCAGCCACUGAGGACAUAUUCCACAGCACUGUUAGGUGGUGCUAUGGAAAAUCAAGAGAUUGCUGCAAGCUACAGAGAUGAAAAUACAAGGCUGGUGGCAAUAGUGCUUCACAGGCUGAGAGAGCUACAAGUACAGGAAGUGGCUUUGCGGCAGGAAAGUAAGUGUCCUAGGCCCCAGAAGACUUCAUCAGAGCCUUUUUUGCCUCUGGAUGAGGAAGCUGUGGAUAUGGACUAUGGUGACAUGGCAGUAGAUGUUGUGGAUGGAGAGCAAGAAACUUUUAGAGAUAUGGACAUCUCCUUUGAUCUGAAUUCAACUCCCAAGACCAGUAGUAGAGUGAACUCAGCAACUAAGCCUGAGGAAGCCUCCGGAUUCAAGAAGAACAAGUCUGCAAAGCAUGGUGACAGAGAGAACGUUAGGAGGGUCAAGCAGAAGUUGAGUUUCUCAUCUUCUGAGCCAGAUCCUGUGUUUGCUGAGCUGUCUAAUACCAGGUGGUCAGAAGUGUCCCCCUGGGUGACUGGCACCAAUUAUACCCUCUAUCCAAUGACUCCUGCUAUAGAGCAGAGACUUCUUCUCCAGUACCUGACCCCUGUAGGAGAGUAUCAGGAGUUACUUCCCCUGUUCAUGCAACUUGAAUCACGAGAAUUGUUGAUGUUUUAUAUUGAUCUGAAACAGACUAAUGAUGUCCUGCUUACUUUUGAGGCACUCAAGCACCUAGCAUCUCUCCUGCUCCAUAACAAAUUUGCCACAGACUUUGUUGCACAUGGUGGAGUACAGAAAUUACUGGAAAUUCCUCAUCCUUCUAUGGCUGCAACUGGUGUAUCUAUGUGCUUGUAUUACCUGUCCUACAACCAGGAUGCUAUGGAAAGAGUUUGCAUGCAUUCUCAAAAUGUUUUAUCUGAUGUGGUGCACUAUGCCCUAUGGUUAAUGGAAUGUUCUCAUGCUUCAGGAUGCCGCCAUGCUACAAUGUUUUUCUCAGGUUGUUUCUCAUUCCAGGCUGUCUCGGAGCUCUUUGACCGUUAUGAUGGUCUUCGUCGCCUAGUGAACUUGAUCAGUACUUCGGAGAUUUUAAAUUCGGAAGACCAGGGAGCACAUGUGAGUGAUGAUAAAAUCAUUGCUACCUGCCAAAGAGGCAAACAUACCUGCAUGGCUCUGCAAAAGUAUUUUGAGGCUCACCUGGCCAUUAAAUUGGAACAAGUCAAGCAGUCACUACAGAGGACUGAGGGUGGCAUUCUUGUGCACCCUCAACUUCCAUUCAAGGCAUGCUCAUACACUCGUGAGCAGAUUGUAGAAAUGAUGGAAUAUUUUAUAGAAUAUGGCCCAGCUCAGCUGUAUUGGGAACCUGCUGAAGUCUUCCUCAAGCUUUCCUGUGUGCAGCUCUUGUUGCAGCUUAUUUCCAUCGCCUGCAAGUGGAAGACCUAUUAUGCAAAGACUGACACUGUGCGCUUUGCUUUGGAUGUCCUGGCCAUCCUCACUGUGGUGCCAAAAAUCCAGCUGCAAUUGGCAGAGUCGAUGAAGGUCUUGGAUGAGCAUGGCUCUACUGUAUCCACUGUAGGUAUCAGCAUUAUUUUUGAAGUGGCUGAAGGUGAGUACUUUCUCCAUGAUGCUGAAAUUCAGAAGUCAGCCCUUCAAGUUAUCAUAAAUUGUGUAUGUAGCCCAGAUAACCGAAUAUCCGGUAUUGGUAAAUUUACUUCUGGAACUCCUCAGAGAAAGCUGUCUCAGACCCCCAAGAGCAGUGAGCAUACCCUGGCCAAGAUGAGGAAUGUGAUUCAGUCCAAUGAUGGCAUCAAGGUGCUUCUGUCCCUAUUGUCCAUCAAGAUGCCCAUCACAGAUGCAGACCAGAUCCGGGCCCUGGCCUGCAAGGCCCUAGUGGGCUUGUCUCAAAGUAGCACUGUUGGACAGGUUAUCAGCAAAUUGCCCCUUUUUAGUAGCUGCCAGAUUCAACAGCUAAUGAAGGAGCCAGUGUUGCAGGACAAGCGUAGCAACCAUGUCAAGUUCUGCAACUAUGCAGUUGAGCUCAUUGAGUGAGUAUCAGGAAAGCCUGUUCUGGUUGGAACUGAUGUGUCUCUGGCAGGACUACAGAAAGUAGGUGUUCUUGCCCAGUCAAAGAUCUCCUUCCCUGAGAAAGAACUACUCCUGUUGAUAAGAGAGACAGCCACUGUGCUGACCAGAGAGACUGACUUGCCUAUGACUGCUGACUCACAUUCUUCUGCCUUCACCACAGUGACUGCUGCUGCUUCUCCUGUCUCUCUUCCUAAAACCCCUGAGAUUGCCAAUGGCAUUGCAUGUAGACUUGGCAGCCAUGCUUUUGUGGGUACUUCUGACCCUUUUCCUCCCUCUUACCCCCCUGCCCAUCCUCUGCCAUGCCCACCUGAGGGUUCAUUGGCUUUGCCUGGCCCAUCAUAUUCAGACAACUCUCCUUUGAUUGGCAGGAUCAGUUUUAUCAGAGAGAGGCCAUCACUGUGUAAUGGCUGGAAAAUUCAGGUGUUGCCGCAGAAGUCGGACCAAGGUGCAUAUAGCCAGAGCCUUGCUGUAAAAACACAAUGGGAUAGACAUUUUCCUUCCCCACCAACACUGGACAGUACCAUCAAAGAGUAUCUUAGGGAGCAACAUGCUCGCUGCAAGAACCCCAUUGCUACGUGUCCACCUUUUUCUCUCUUCAUUCCUCACCAGUGUCCCGAGCCAAAACAGAGGCAGCAAGCACCAACAAACUUUACCUCUAGGAUAAACUGUAGGACAUUGUUUCCAAAAUAUGUAGGUAUAGAUAGCGGAGGCUUUGAUAGGCACCUUAUCUUUAGCCGAUUUCGUCCUAUUUCAGUGUUCACGGAAGCUCAUGAAAGUGAGAGUGGCUUGACAUGUUGUGCAUUCUCAGCCCAGGAGCGGUUCCUGACAUGUACAGGGCAGCUGAAGCUCUACAACAUGUUUAGUGGACAGGAAGAGGCCAGCUAUAACUGUCACAACUCAGCCAUCACACACCUUGAACCUUCCAGGGAUGGGUCCUUACUUCUGACAUCUGCCACUUGGGGCCAGCCUUUGUCUGAACUUUGAGGGAUGAGGUCAGUAUUUGAUAUGAAGCAUUCCUUCACAGAAGGAGACAUUGCCCAUGUUUAUGAUAUUGAGACUGGCACCAAGAUGUUGACUCUGUUUAACCCAGAUCUUGCCAACAACUACAAGAGGAACUGUGCCACCUUUAAUCCUACAGACGAUCUUGUCUUAAAUGAUGGGGUCCUCUGGGAUGUCUGCUCUGCACAGGCCAUCCACAAGUUUGACAAGUUCAACAGGAAUAUCAGUGGUGUUUUUCAUCCCAAUGGGCUGGAGGUCAUCAUCAAUACAGAGAUUUGGGACCUUCGAACUUUCCAUCUUUUACACACAGUUCCUGCUCUGGAUCAAUGUCGUGUGGUGUUUAACCACACAGGGACAGUGAUGUAUGGAGCAAUGUUGCAGGCAGAUGAUGAAGAUGACUUCUUGGAAGAGAGGAUGAAAAGCCCUUUUGGGUCAUCCUUCUGAACACUUAAUGCAACUGAUUAUAAACCAAUAGCAACUAUUGAUGUGAAAUGGGACAUCUUUGACCUGUGUACAGACACCAAAGAUUGCUAUCUUGCUGUCAUUGAGAAUCUAGGCAGUAUGGAUGCUCCUAACAUGGGCACAGUAUGUAGGCUUUAUGAAGUGGGCAGGCAGUGGCUGGCAGAGGAAGAAGAUGAAGAGGAGGACUGGAAAGAGGAAGAACAGGAGGAAGAGGAGGAGGAUGAAGAUAAUGAUGACACUGAUGAUGUAGAGGAACUUGACACUGACCAGUGGCUGGAAGCAGAAAUGGAGGAGGCUGACAUCAGGGAGAUCACAGGAGACAGUGGGGACAAUGAAUUCUCUCCCUCUAAUGAGGAGCUAGCAAGUCUUCCAGAGGAGGAAGAGGAGGAGGAAGAUGAAGAUUCUGAUACAGAGGGGGAAGUGGAAGUGAUCCUAGUGGAGGACAGCUCAGACAACUCUGACUAGGAAAAUGACAUCAUCUUAUAUCUGAAUGAGUGA